AUGGGGGUGGAUGGGCGCUCGGUCCGGCGGCGCCCAUUGGCCGCGGUGCCUGGGCUCCCAGCCAAUCUGGCGCGAAGAGCGGCUGUCUCUGAGGAUGUUGAAUUGCGAAGUCCAGAAGCCCCCCAGGGGAAAUGGACCCCGCCGCCCUUAGACCCUCGCUUCCCCAACCAGAACCAGACCCGUAACUGCUACCAGAAGUUCCUGGACUUCCACCUCUGCGUGAAGGAAAUGAGCCGCCGCGGCAAGAGCACGCAGCCCUGCGAGUACUAUUUCCGCGUGUACCACUCACUGUGCCCCAUCAGCUGGGUGCAGCGCUGGGAACAGCAGAUCCACCACCAGACCUUUGCAGGCAAAAUCUGGCCGCCUAGCGCGGUGCCUCCUUCGAGGAAGGCGGCCCUGCGUUCGUCAUCUCCUCGGCUCCUGGAGUCCUGGCCUGGGCCAUCAGCCUCACGCUCGUCAUUAGGCACAAAUAAAAUCGUGUGUUGCUUGUGCGUCUCGCAGCUGGGCAGCACCGAGGGGCCACUCUAGACCAUCUGCACCUGUGUGUUACAAAGCCGCCUCUGCUGUCUGGUGGCCUUGCCCUCCUCACUCCAGGGUGACCACGUCCAAGCCCCUGGGCACCCACAGGUGACCUGAAAACUGCCUGUGUGAUGCUGAAUGGGGAACCAGGGCCUGAAGGUGCCUGCCAGCUUUUUCCUUCCUCCCUUAAAGCCAGGCUCUCCGACUGCUGAGAGAAGGGUGCAGAUCAGGGCAUGGACUGGACAGGAAGACAGGUGCGUCCCAGUCUCCCAGCUGAGGUGUACGUGGCUGAGAAUCUACAGCCCAGUUUGGGCAUUGACAGGGAUUCAGCCAGGGCCUUUGUACUGGACUAUAUCCCCAGUCCUGUUUUUUUGAGACAGUCUUGCUAAGUCACUUAAUUCCUCUGGUGGUUGCACUCAUACUUGGGAUCCUCCUGCCCAGCCUCCUAGAGUGCCGGUAUUCUUGCAGAAAGCUUCCACCUCAUGCCCUGUAGUCCUCAGAACCCACUGCUCUUCACCCUCUCAAAGCCUCUCACAGUAGUGUUCAGGGCUAGGCCUGUGCUGCCUGUAAGACGUGAACCAGAAGAGAGAAGUCCCAAGGGCGCUGUUUAUAACAAGGUUUUAAUAAAAUAAAAAGUUCAAGUGGUUUCAAUCCUCCAA